AUGUCGAUGCUGGAUGCCUCGCUGCUCUUGCCAAGCAGGACGGACCACCUGCCACGCCUGGACCUGCCGCGCUUCUCCGGGGAAAACGCAGAUUGGCCAGCGUUCAAGACGCGCUUCGAGAGGCGAGUGCAACACAUUGUAGAGGACGCCGACCGGUACGCGUUCCUUGCCAAGUGUUUCGAGAGAUUCCAGCCGGCCAGAGAGUAUGCCGAAUCCUUCGAGAAUGCCAGACUGCCAUUCUCGGAGGCCUGGCGGCGGCUCGAGGAAAGAUUCUACAAGAAGAGAUUGGCCAUUGCGGGGCAGUUCAAUGCACUUUUAGAACUGCCCAAAAUGAAGGAGCCGUCAGCGCAAGGCAUCAUGAGCAUGGUAGAUAGAUUUGAGACAGCCAGCUGCUCAGCGCGCCAGAUAGCAGAAGUACCAUCCAGUGACUACGCUGUGAUAGCGGAUGGUCUCAUGGUAUCCCUCGCCAUGAGCAAACUCGACGAAUCGACCACGGCAAGGUUGGUACGUCGGGUCGAUAUGACGGAGGUCCCGCGGUGGGCCGAUCUACGUAGGGAACUGGAAAUUAUAGCCAACCAGCUAAUAAUCACGCCAAAUCCAACUGGGCGACGGACUCCAGCACCACAAGGGAUACCACCGUCCAAUCGCCGAACGGUGCUUGCAACAACUGCACCUAAUGCUUCGGCCAGCCACGAACCCAAGCCAAUAAUGUGCUACGCCUGCGACAAAAAUGGCCAUGUGGCCCAGACCUGCCCGGAAUUAUGCACGCGUUCGUACGAGCAGCGACUGCUCUACAUUAGCGGUUUGGCUCCGUCCACGUACGCAUCAUCAUGUACGGACGCAGCUUCGUCUACGCACGCAUCAUCAUCUACGCACGAAUCGUCAUCUACGCACGCAUCUACGCCAACACUCGACCACACGGUCAUGCAUGAACCGUUAGCGCUUACUUCGUUAGUGGAAGGCUCAUUGCCCAAAUCAUACGUCUUCCUGGCAACGGCAAAUAUCGUAGUGCAGGACAACUACGGUAAACCUCGCACAGUGCGUUGUAUAAUGGACUCCGGGAGUCAACUGCACUGCAUCACGGAAACUGCAUUGUACCGGUUACGUAUACCGAGCGAGAAGGCGAGCAUCUCGCUUCACAGUGUUAACGGCACUACAGCAGUGCGAAGAAAAGCUUCGAUUACCCUUUACGACAUGCACGGUGGAUAUGCAUGUACAGCUACAUUUUAUGUGGUGCCAUCACUGAUGACGUCACCAGCUAAAAGCUUCGAAAGGGACACGUUCCAGCUGCCGACCGAAAUGAAGCUGGCCGAUACUACGUUCUAUCAGGCGGGAACGAUCGAAGCGAUACUUGUGGCCAGCGUAUUCUUCCUAGCCUUACGACCCGGAAGGCUCGAACUACCCUCCGGACCAGUAUUACAAGAAUCAAUAUUUGGGUGGCUGGUCGGCGGACUACUGAAAGGUCAGCCUACCAAAUCACGUAAUCCAAAUUGCCUCCUCUCUCACCAGGGAAUAGAUGGGAGCAUAGAGCGCUUUUGGAAAAUCGAAGAUGCGUCAUAUGAGGCUCCUGUCUACGAGAUAGCAGAAAAUUACGCAGAAGAUCACUUCAAGGCUAAUCUCAGCAUCGCACCCGACGGCCGGUACGUAGUAAGGAUACCCCUACAGGGGGAGCCUGAACAAUUAGGUGAUUCAUUUACGAACGCGUCCAAGAGAUUACGAUCACUGGAGCGCCGGCUGGUAAAGGACGACCAGCUAUACGCAGACUAUCGUCAAUUCAUGAAAGAGUACCUAGCACUGGGACACAUGGUGCCGGUUAAGAGCGAAGAAGUUCACAAGGUGCAGUAUUUUAUCCCGCACUCCUGCGUGGUGAAGCCAGAUUCCACCACUACUAAGCUACGAGUAGUCUUCGACGCCAGCGCCAAGUCAUCAAGUGGCGUUUCCUUGAACGAUCUGCAGCUCAUCGGGCCGGUAAUCUAA